AUGGCCCCUCAACUUCACCAGCGACCCCCUUUCCGUGCUGAGCACUUGGGUUCGCUGCUCCGUCCCCAGGAGCUUUUGAGCAAGAAGAUCGCCUCCGAGAAGGGCGAGGUGUCUGAGUCCGAGCUUGCCGCAGUGGAGGACAAGGAGAUUAAGGACAUUGUCGCCACCCAGCUGAAGCUUGGUUACCGUGGUGCUUCCGAUGGAGAGUACCGCCGCCACAUGUUCUGGGGCACCUUCUUCCCCGGCCUGGACGGCUUCGAGGAGGUCACCGAAUUCGAGACGGACAUCUUCCGCCCAUAUGCUCCCGACAUUGCCGCUUUCCUGGAGGCCGGUCACAAGCCCGGCGAGACCGUGCUGUGCACCGGCAAGAUCAAGCACGUCGGCAGCACCUAUGUUGACCAAUUCAAGUAUCUCGCCAGCCUAGUGCCCAAGGAUGAGGUCAAGAACCUGAAGAUCACUCUUGCCGCCCCCAACUGGUACCACCUCCGCUACCGUGAGGGCAAGGCGUACCCCAAGGACGUGUACAGCAACGACGAGGAGUACUUCGGCGAUAUCGCCAAGGCCUACCAGGCCGAGCUGAAGAUCCUGUACGAUGCUGGCUGCCGCAACAUCCAGUACGAUGACCCUAACCUGGCUUACUUCUGCUCUGAGAAGUUCCUGGACGGCUUCAAGGAGGACUCCCUGAACGUGUACAGCGCCGACGACCUGUUCCAGAAGUAUAUCAAGCUGUACAACGACUGCUUCAUCGGCCUGCCCGAGGACAUGCACGUUGGCGUGCACCUGUGCCGCGGCAAUUUCGUCGGCAGUCGUCACUUUUCCGAGGGCGGGUACGACCGCAUCGCCAUCAAGCUGUUCCAGGAGCUGAACGUCCACACCUACUACCUCGAGUACGACACCGAGCGCGCCGGUGGCUUCGAGCCGCUCAAGCACCUCCCCCCACACAAGAACGUCAUCCUGGGCGUCGUCACCAGCAAGUUCGCCACCAUGGAGGACAAGGAAGAGAUGAAGAAGCGCGUCAUCGACGCCGCCAAGAUCAUCGCCGAGGGUAACAACAUCUCGCUCGAGGCCGCCCUCAAUCAGAUCGGUGUCAGUCCGCAGUGCGGCUUCGCCUCGCACCGCGAGGGCAACGCCAUCGACUGGGACGGCAUGAUGAACAAGCUCAAGCUUGUUCGGGAGAUCGCCGACGACAUCUGGCCCAACCAGCCUUAA